AGGGGAAGCAACUCUACGCAUUCCGAACCGCAUUUCCAUGUGACUUUCAUCAGAUCUGUCAAGUGUCCUCACGCAAUGGAAAUGUUAGCCUCGCGAGUCUUGUGCGGAAGAUGCUUCCAGCCAUUGUCCAAGAGCUGCUCAUUUUUCAAGUCUAUGACAAAUUCUUGUCCGACAUGCCCACCCAUGAGAACGGGUCUUGUGUCGUUUCGACCAAGAUUUUCCGCCAUGUCCACAUUGAGCAUCCCCAGUCGCCAAAUGUCCGUCCUCAUUCCACAAACAACACAUCUCACCAGAAGCUCAUCACAAGCUGCCUGGCACCGGCUAAUGUCUUCAGGAACACCGAAAGCUGCCCCUAAGAAAAAGCAGGGGCCUGUGUCAUGGAAGGGUCUACUGAUAGCUGCAGGGUUGGGAGGUGUCAUGUUGCUGGGAGUACAGUAUGUGAAGAGAGAGAAGGAACUGGAAAUCGCAAAGGAGCGCAGCAGGUCCCUGGGUAAAGCUUCUCUGGGUGGGCCAUGGCAACUGGUAGACCACAAUGGUCAAGUCAAGUCCAGCAAGGACUUUCACGGUCAGUGGGUGCUGCUGUACUUCGGUUUCACCCACUGCCCAGACAUCUGCCCUGACGAGAUCGAGAAGAUGAUCAAAGUCGUGGACUUGAUAGAUGCAACACCUUCCAAGCCGAACCUUCAACCCCUCUUCAUCACAGUUGACCCCGAGCGUGACACAGUGAAGGCAAUCCGGGAAUACUGCCUAGAAUUUUCCCCAAAACUGCUUGGGCUGACUGGAAGUAGAGAGCAGGUGGACCAGGCGACGCGGGCAUAUCGGGUGUACUACAGUUCCGGGCCUCGUGAUGAGGACAAUGAUUAUAUCGUUGACCACACCAUCAUCAUGUACCUGGUUAACCCUGACGGAGACUUCGUCGACUACUACGGCCAGAACAAGAAGUUUGACGAGAUUUCAACUAGUAUCAAAUUGCAUAUGGAGAAAUUUUCUUAUCUGAAAAAUUAGACCAUACACUGAAAUAUUUGAAAUACUGUAGCUGCUUUCCAUAUCUGAUAUACUUCGAAGCAUUUUAUCUCAAUUGUCUUUUUCUCAAUUUUUGUGACCAUGGAGCAGUUUUGACUUAACGUAUUUGACGUAAUAAGCGCCUAGGACGCUCUCAAAUUUAGAAAUAGGGGGCUCUUAUUAGAAUAUAAUUUUGGUGAGAAAAAAAAGUUGAAAGAUUGUAAAUUUCGUAGUUUAU